AUGGCUCCAAGUGUUUUGAUGGUUGGAACCGGUGAAUACACCACCGGUUUCGUCGGUGGUGCUGCCUCGGGUUCAGACAAGAAGGUAGGAGUCGUGGGGUUGUCCCUUUUCGAUCUCCGGCGGAGAGGCAAGGUUGGGAAGCUGAGCAUGGUUGGUGUCUCCGGUGCCAAAUACCCAGGCAUUCGCCAGCAUCUCCAAAAGAACAUCUCCGAGACCUACAACGGCCUCGACGUGUCCUUCGACUCAUUCCCAGCCGACGACAAGAAGGACCCCGAUGCCUAUAAAGCAGCCAUUGAUGCUCUCGAGCCCGGCUCGGCCAUCACAAUCUUCACUCCCGACCCGACUCACUUCCCUAUCGCCCUGUACGCCAUUCAGCGCAAGAUCCACGUCCUCAUCACCAAGCCCGCCACUCAGCUCCUUUCGGACCAUCUGACCCUGGUCGAGGAGGCGCGCAAGCAUGGUGUCUUCGUGUUCGUCGAGCACCACAAGCGGUUCGACCCCGCCUACGCAGAUGCACGCCACAAAGCUCUUAACCUGGGCGACUUCAACUACUUCUAUAGUUACAUGAGCCAGCCCAAGAGUCAGCUCGAGACCUUCAAGGCGUGGGCUGGUAAGGACAGUGAUAUUUCGUAUUAUCUGAACUCGCACCACAUUGAUAUUUGUGAGAGCAUGGUGCCAGAGUAUACUCCUGUCCGGGUUACUGCAUCUGCUUCGACUGGAGCUGCGGUUGAGUUGGGAUGUGCGCCGGAGACGGAGGAUACUAUCACUCUGCUUGUCGACUGGAGGAAGAAGAGUGAUCCUUCGAAGAAUGCUACUGCUGUGUAUACUGCCAGCUGGACGGCACCGCACAAUGCGGGUGUUCACUCGAAUCAGUACUUCCACUACAUGGGAUCCAAGGGCGAAGUCCGCAUCAACCAGGCCAAGCGAGGCUACGAUGUCACCGGCGACGACCAAGGACUCAUCUGGGUGAACCCCUUCUACAUGCGCUACGCCCCCGACGAAGCAGGAAACUUCGCCGGCCAAACAGGCUACGGAUACAUCAGUUUCGAGAAGUUCAUCGACGCAGUCACUGCUGUCAACGAGGGCCGGGUAACCCUCGACGAGCUUGAUGCACGGCCCUUGCCGACGCUCAAGAAUACGAUUGCCACGACUGCCAUUCUGCAGGCGGGUCGGGUCUCGCUGGACGAGAAGCGGCCGGUGGAGAUUGCCAGCGAGGGUGGGAAGUGGGCUUUGAAAUAG